GUCUAUCAUCCAGUAUUCUGGUUAUUAGAUGUCUUACGACAAACCUAAUACUUCCUUCAAAUAAUUUUCACCUGACUCAAUGGAUAAGCAUAAUAAAUAUCGUGGUGAUGUGCGUGAACAUUUCCUUGGAACCAGGAAUGAACCAAAAAGGGACAAGAAUGGGCAUCGUAUACCCAUGGAUGACGAUCGUCCGCAUCGAGAGACGCUCCAUUAUAGGGAAAAUGCCAUAUUCUCUACUCACGCAUUUUUAAAUCAGCCUAGGGACAAUAGUUUCGAGUGUUUGAACUGUACGUCGUGUAGGGGCUCACAUAGUCAAUAUGAUGUUCGAGGACAUCGGUCUCCUCCGGAUAUGGCUCCGAUUAAAUUAUCGAGGAAUAACGACCAUGACUAUCAAUAUCAUCAUGAGCAGCCUCAGCCUCAGAAACAUUGUCCGUUCCAUGAAGCAAGGAAACCAAGUCACAACACUCGAAAUACCCACCGGUAUACUGAUCCUGGCAUAGAAAAGACCGAAGUCCAUGACGAUUUGCUUGUCUACAAAAACUCGACUUAUCGUGAAACCACAUCCGAUCGAGUUGGGGAUGAAAGGCAGGAGCCUGCAGCGCCUGCCAAUGACUAUAGCCACAAGCAUUACCAGACGAAGGAGCCUUAUCCCCCACAUAAGGACUACGAGAAAGCUCGGGCUCACUGCUUAGCCGCGGAUGAGAGAUUGCGGGAGAAGUAUAGUUUUCUCAGUGACGAUUCAAUCACUUCCAAGAAAUCGAAGCCCUCUCAGAAUACAAUUAUUAGCGCCAAGAGUGGCAAGGAUCUCAGAUCCCUAAUUCGUUCGCAAAUCCAUCUGCAACAGGCCUUGGACCAUUCCCUGACGCAUGCAGAUCGUAGGACGCCCCCAAGCGAUGUUGAUAAGAAGGAGACUGGAAAGGUGUCUGGACUCGAAAAGGGGACUCCUACUAUUCUAAAUAAACCCAAAACUCCAAAACGACACCCCGAAGAUGUUUCUGAAGAAGCGGAAUUGAAAUCAAGCCCCAUAGACUUGACGGCAUUGUUUUGUGUGAGUGCCGAUGAUAUUGUCAGCGCUAAAGUUAUUGAGCCGAUGAUAAGGAAAAUCCAACGUAUGUAUCUGACCACCCUCCAGGAGGAGAUGUCCAUCAUGGAUUAUUUGGGAGAGGUGCCCAAACUGGUCAGCGAGGUUUACCGGGAGACCGCCCAAAGGGACAGCAGGAAGUCCUCAGAUCUCAAAUAAUUAGGUUUAUUUUUCACUUGAGAUUUAUAUAUUUUUUGCUAAAAACA